ACAGACUCCACAGACUUUGGGAAGAAGAGGUGGCAAAGGUGGGCCUGGAGAAGGCCUCUCUGGUCCGUGUAAUCCUUCGCUUUCAAAGAACCAGGCUGAUUCUCUCCGUCGCUGUUGGUGUCCUUGCCAUGGUGGCAGCGUUUCUGGGCCCGGCUGUUCUGGUCUAUGAGAUCUUGAACUAUAAUGAGGACCCAGAGAAGUCCACAAUAUCCUACGGUGUUGGUCUGUCCUUCGCUUUGUUCACCACUGAGUUCUCCAAAGCCUUCCUGAUAUCCUUGUUGUGGGCGUUGAACCUGCGCACUGCAGUCCGACUGAAGGGAGCCUUCUCUUCAGUGGCCUUUCAGAAAGUCAUCUCUCUGCGGGUGCACAGCGGCAUUUCAAUGGGAGAGAUGAUUGGUGUUUUGACCAACGAUGGCCACAAAUUAUUCGAAGCAGUAUUGUUUGGGAGCUUUGUGCUGUCCACCCCAGUGCUCUUUAUUGUGUGUAUUGUCUAUGCCUGCUACAUUCUGGGCUACACCGCACUGACUGGAGUCUGCACCUACCUCAUCUUCAUCCCAGUACAGUUUGGCCUGGCCAAACUCAUCAACAAAUUCAAAUGGAAAACCAUAUUGAUAACAGACAGCCGUGUUCGCACAAUGAAUGAGAUUCUCAACAGUAUCAAGCUCAUCAAGAUGUACGCCUGGGAAGAUUCCUUUGAAAAGAAGAUCACAGGAUUCCGGAAAAAUGAGAAGAAAGAACUGCGGAAGGUCAGUUACGUCCAGAACGCCAAUACUAGCAUCACCAGCAUCAUCCCCACCCUGGCCACCAUUCUCACCUUCAUUGUACACACUUCGUUGAGCUUGAAGCUCAACACAACUGAUGCCUUCACCACCAUCGCCAUCUUCAACUCCUUGAGGUUCUGCUUGGGACUUAUGCCUAUGUCUGCAAAGGUCCUGGCUGAGGCUGCUGUUUCACUAAAACGACUGAGGAAAAUAUUGCUGAUCCAGAAUCCAGAGCCCUACCUGAUCCAGAGAAAAGACAGUGAUUCAGCCGUCGUGAUGAAAAAUGCAACACUUUCCUGGAACAAACCUGCCAACCAGCCAGACUCUCUACCCAUCAUCUCAGUUAAUGGGGAGAAGGGACACAAAGUGGAGGAGACGUGCCAGAAUGGGACUUCUGAAACCUUGCCAACCCUGAGAAACAUCUCUUUCACACUGCCUAAGGGCAACCUGCUUGGAAUCUGUGGAAACGUGGGGAGUGGAAAGACGUCACUGAUUUCCAGCAUUUUGGAACAGGUUGGCUCCUCCUUUUGUCUUAUUUGUUCUUUAUUCUCUUUUACAAUCCCUGCAAGUUCCUGA